AUGUGGCCCACGUCUCUGCUGGGCAGGAGCGUGUGCGCGAGCUGGUUUACAGAGCUUUAUGUGCAGGAGCUAGAAAACGAAGGAGACUUGAGGAUCCUGGUGUCAGACUACCUGAAGUGCUUGAAUCCACCAAGGAAUGUCAUUAGUGGCAUCAUAAGUUUUUACCUAGCAACACGAAAAGAGGCCAACUCCCACUUGACGGAUGGGACCGGUCACCGACCCCAUUACAGUCUUCGGACCCUGUGCCGGGCUCUGAAGUACGCAGCAGCGAAUCCCUGCCGCAGUGUGCAGCGAUCACUGUAUGAGGGUUUCUGCCUGAGCUUCCUGACUCAGCUGGACAGGAGCUCCCACCCUCUUCUUCAGAGCUUGGUGUGUAAACACAUCCUGAUGGGGAACACAAAGUGUCUCAAACAG